AUGGGGCCUUGCUCUCGGCCUCCCCUCAGCCUAAGUCUGCUGCUGCUCCUGUUGGCACUGCCACUCAGGGGCCAUACCAGCACAACCUGCUACGGGAUCCCAGGGAUGCCAGGCCUGCCAGGUGCCCCAGGAAAGGACGGUCAUGAUGGGUUGCAGGGGCCCAAGGGUGAACCAGGAAUGCCAGCUAUCCCCGGGACACGAGGACCCAAGGGCCAGAAGGGAGAACCAGGAAUACCUGGCCAUCCUGGGAAAAAUGGCCCCAUGGGGGCCGCUGGGAUUCCAGGGAUUCCAGGCAUUGCAGGCCUCCCUGGAGAGCCAGGUGAGGAGGGAAGAUACAAGCAGAAGCAUCAGUCCGUAUUCACAGUGACCCGGCAGACAAGCCAGUUCCCAGCACCUAACAGCCUGGUCAAGUUCAACAACGUCGUUACCAACCCGCAGGGGCAUUACAACACCAACACGGGCAAGUUCACCUGCCAAGUCCCCGGCCUCUACUACUUUGUGUAUCACACGUCCCAGACAGCCAACCUGUGUGUGCACCUGUACUGUAACGAUGUCAAGGUGACCACCUUCUGCGAUCACAUGUCCAACAGCAAGCAGGUCAGCUCAGGUGGCGUGCUGUUGAAGCUGCAGGUGGGCGAAGAGGUGUGGCUGGCCGUUAAUGACUACAAUGGUAUGGUGGGUACCGAGGGCUCCGACAGUGUCUUCUCAGGCUUCCUGCUUUUCCCUGACUAA